AUGACUACAACUGUAGCGACUUCAAAUCACCCGAUCACCGGGGCCCCAAAACCCGCUGUGACUGCUAUCGAUGGUUCUGUGCCUCUGAGGCUUGAAAUCCGCAAUCUUCAAAAGAACACCGAUCAAUGGAACCUUUAUCUCCUCGGUCUUGAUGCCCUCAAGAAGCUCGAUCAGAUUUCUGACCUCUCUUUCUAUGGUAUCGCUGGUAUCCACGGUCGUCCGUAUAAGAUCUGGGGAGGCGUAGCAAAUGCCAACCCUAAAGGGUCCUGGCAAGGAUAUUGUACCCAUACUUCCAUUCUCUUCGCCCCUUGGCAUCGUCCAUUCCUUGCAUUGUACGAGCAGACGCUCUACAGCAUAGUUCAGAACAUCGCAGCUCAAUUCCCGUCGACGUCUCGCGCUCGAUAUACAGCGGCUGCCGCCACUUUUCGCAUCCCGUAUUGGGACUGGGCAACCCAACAUGCGGACGACCCUGAAGGAUAUUUUCCCGCGAUUGUCAGCACUCAAUACGUCAACGUGAUUACUCCGACGUCAGGUGGUCAGGUAACCCAGAUUGCAAAUCCGCUGUAUUCCACCACGUUCAAUCCUCUCAUUCCCGGCGACUUCUCAACCGGGACGACGCAGUCCGGAUGGCCAACCACUCUUCGCUAUCCGUCUGACCCGAGCUCGCCCUCAGCCACUUCUCAAGACAGCCAAGUUACUGCGUCAAUGAAAACAAAUUAUCCCAACCUGAGAGAUACUGUCAACACUCUUCUCACUGAUCCCAAGUACACAAACUAUACGACCUUCUCCAAUCAUCAACUCAUUAGCAAUGACGCCGGUGACGAAGGCUCUCUUGAAAAUGUUCAUGAUAGCAUCCACGGCACUGUCGGUGGAAACGGAGGGCACAUGUCAGAUCUUGACUACGCUGCUCACGAUCCAGCCUUCUGGCUACAUCAUGCGAACGUUGAUCGCAUUUUUGCUAUCUGGCAAGCCCUCAAUCUUUCUUCGUACACAUUCGACGAAGCAGAUCCAUCUUUCGAAGGCACCUUUGUCAUGCUUGCUGAUACCGAAGAUAAUCUCGACACUGAACUCUCGCCUUUCACUGAUGGAUCUGGUAAGACCUACUGGACUCCCAACACAGUCGUAUCAACAGAAACGUUCAAUUAUUCCUAUCCUGAGAUCCAAAAGUGGUUGUUCCAGAAUGAUACACAGUAUCAGCAGAACAUCAGAAAUUGUAUCCAGAACUUGUACGGGGCGACCGCUGAUUCAAUUGCUAAUGGUACAAGUACCACGACUACAUCAGCCGCAACUGGUACGGAGAGCCAGCAGCCUGUAGUUGGCAGUUCAUGCACUUACACAGACUACAUUACCACUAUCAAAACUUACAAACAUGGCCUUGGGGAAUCUUAUCGCGUACAUAUCUUCCUUGGUGACUUCAAUCCAGAUGUGACAACUUGGCAUACUCUGGAUGCUCUUGCUGGCAUUUUCAUGGUUUUUGGAAGAAAUACAACUCCAGGCGCCGCAAGCGAGACAGGAUGUGGAAAGUGCAAACAAGAUGCCAAGGCUGGUGUUCAGAUCUCUGGCAUCGUGUCUCUCACAGCUCAACUUCUUUUCGAAGUCAAGAAAGGCAAUUGUCCUUCUAUGAAUAAGGCUGACGUGAUUCCGUACCUCACAAAGAACCUCCAUUGGCGAGUCACCUUGCAUGAUGGUUCCGAACACCCUCGUGAGGAUGUGCCCGGUCUAGUGGUCAGCGUGAACACUACGGAGGUUUCAGUCCAUGUGAACGGACUUCCGCAGAGAAGUGGCGUUUAUGAGGCACAUCCAGAGGUCACUGCUGGAAGAGCAGCUGGCAGCUCAGCACCGAAUGCAUAA